AGUGUGUCGUUGGUCGUGUCCGUCGUUUCUUGUAGGUGUAUCUUAUAGUCACCGUGGGUGUAUCUUGGUGUCUUCUACACAUAUAGACGAGUGCGGCCUCGCUUCAAGAAGCAGCACAUUCAAGGCCAUAUAUAGGGCACAUUGGCAGAGGCCGUAUAUACUGGUAAUCUGUAUCUGGGAUGGCGCACCCGACUGACUGGGACGUGGAGCAGUACCGCAACGAGCAUGAGCCGCCAGAGCACUGGCGCCUCUGCCGCGCCUUCAUCCUAGCGCACAAGUCCGACUACCCCGAAGCGCGGCUCGUCUGCCUUGCGCAGUGUUUCGCCAAUAUGGAGUUUCUCGGCUGUCGCUACCCGGACGAGACUAUGCAGCUGGUCCGAGAGCUAUCCGCCGGCAUCGCGGACGACUACCGCCGCGAGAAGCAGAAAAAGAUCCAGAGGACGUUCGUGCGCGCGUCUGACGCGGCUGAGGCAAAGGUGGCGCGGAAGCGAAUCUCUUAUGACACGGACGGGGGCCCUUCAGCUAAGUCAUACCGCCUGUGUGAUGACAAGCCAGUAGGUAAUUCUGCUGCUUUCAUCCUCGUCGAGUACGGUGAUGUCUCGGUGGACGCCAAUCCUGUGAACAGACUGAUGUGUUCGUCUGGGUUCUGUAAGGUGCCGGUGAAAUUCGAUAUGGUCGGGGAUGUGUGCGAGUGUCGCGUAGGCGGAGACCACGUCGGUACUGGCCGACGCCCCGAGGGUACUAGCAACAGUGCCAAGGGCAGCGGGGCCAAAACAGCCAAAACUUUGGCCGCGGCGGAGGCGCUUGCAACUCUGCAGGGACAGUGUUACACGAUCCGGCUCAAGACAAAAAUCCUGGCGGAGGAGGACGUUGCCCGGGGGGAGCUAGUGGCAGCGGAGGGCGAAGCGGCGCAAAAGGUGGCAGACGGAGUGGGCGGCAAACUGUUGGCCAUGAUGGGCUGGACAGGGGGCGGUCUCGGAAAACAGAAGCAGGGUAUCACUGAACCAGUCCGGUUGGAAGAAGUUGUUGGUCGCCAAGGACUUGGAUCGGAGAAGCGCACAGUUACCAGGGAGUUCAAGGAUAAAACGGAGCUGCGACUGCGUGCGUAUGCAUCCAAAUUUCAAGAACGCGACCUGUCUUUUAGCAAUGAGUUUAGCAACGAAGAGCGAAAAGAGAUCCACAGUAUAGCUCAUCGCUUCGGUCUGAAGAGCAAGAGCUAUGGCAAGGGCGAGGAGCGGUUUCUGGUAGUGUCCCACAAGUUCAACCCCUACCAUCUGCUACAAUACCUGCUGGCCACCGGCGGGCAGACCGACAAGUAUGAGCUCAUCCCGCCAAAGACUGAGCAGUCUUCAAGAGAGGAUUCUUCGACAGCCGAGAAGGAGAUGGCGGACCUGACUGACCGACCUUGCCCUGAGCGGCUGCCACCGGUGCAGGCGCCUCAGCGGCACGCCUCUCCGAUAACCGAGGAUCAGGGUGCUGAUACCUUGGAAGCGCAAACUCCACUGUACCAGAAGGCGACUGCCAGCCAUGGAGCAUCAGCAACAUCGUCGACUCAGCUUAACAAGCCAGCGCACGAUUCUUUCAUAGUGGUGGAAUGUAACAAGCCAUGUUUCGACGACGAUCCUAUCAACAGGCUGUUAUGCUCUUCUGGCUUUAGCAGAGUUCCGGUCAAGUAUCGAAUGGUUGGCGACAUCUGCGAGUGUCGUGUCGGUGGCAGUCUUCUCGGCAUCGGCAAACGCGCCGACUGCUCCGCCGGAAGCAAAAGUGCUGUCAAUAUGGCUGCGAAACAGAUAGCGGCAACAGAGGCACUGUCUGUGCUACAGAAAAGCUGCUACACGAUCCGGUUCAAAACUGGAGUUCUGAGUGAUGAGGACUUCGAUCAACUGAAGCUGUCAUCAGUGAAGUGCUUUAAUGAGCAAAUAGUCGAUGAUAUAGGCUGCAGGCUUCUGAAGAUUGUGGGCUGGACGAAAGGCGGGCUUGCCAAAGAAAACAGGGCAGUCACUGACCCCAUUCAGCCAGAAGAGAUUGUUGUGGAAAAGGAAUCACGUUCAGAUGAGUGCUCCUUGACUGAGGAGUUGAAAGAGAACGUAGAACAGCUUUUGCGUAACUACGACCGGAAGUUCCAAGAGUCUGAUGUGUCCUUUAGCAAUGAAUUGAGCGCUGAACAACGCGAGCAGAUACACCAACUAGCGCAAAGUCUUGGUCUCAAGAGCAAAAGUCACGGCAAAGGUGACGAUCGGUUUGUUGUGGUGUCGCAGCAGUUCAAGGUGCAGUAUCUGCUACAGUACCUCAUGGCUCGCGGUCUAGAGACUGAUGUUUAUGAGCUCAUCCCGCCUAAGGUCGAGAUGGUGCAACAAGAAAUGUCUUCAGCAACUGACCAUGGUGGCCUCGAAGAUUCCAAGGCAAAGCCGCGCAGUUUGGGCGAGAGCAGGCCGACGGGCAAGCCAGUAUCUUUUAUUUUGGUAGAGAGUGGCGAGGCUUGCUUCGAUAGCAAUCCGGUCAACCGGCUGCUUUGUUCUUCUGGGUUCUGCAAAGUAGACGUAGAAUUCAGAAUGAUAGGCAGCACUUACGAGUGUCGGGUCGGUGGGGAACUGCUCGGCUCGGCGAAAUGUGUUGACGGCUCCACCAAGAAGAAAAGCGCUGUUGCCAGGGCUGCCAAAAAGGUGGCGGCGACUGAGGCGCUAGCGGUGCUUAAGAGUCGCUGCCACACGAUCCGGUUCAAAGCUGGAGCUCUCGACGACGGCGAUGUGCGUCGACUAAUGCUAAGAAUGGACAUGUGCGGAGAUGCGGUUGCGCCGCUUCGGGUUGGCACCAAACUGCUCAGGCUACUAGGAUGGACGAAAAAUGGACUUUUGAAACAGAAGCGGGCUUUCAAAAAGCCUAUUCAACUAGAAGAUGUCUGUCGGCAGACCGAUUGUUCCGACAACAGCAGCAUCACUGGAGAGUUCAGAGAAAACGUGGAGCACCUUCUUCGCGAGCACGCAUCCAAGUAUGAUGAGUGUGAUCUUGCCUUCAGUAGCGACUUCGUUGGCGACUUUCGUCAAGAAAUACACGCGCUAGCAGUGCAUUUCGGUAUGAAGAGCGAGAUUCUUCGGAGCAGUGAAGGGCAGCUGUUGCUGGUUUCGAAGACAUUGAGCGCCGACUAUCUGCUGCAGUACCUGCUUUCCAACGACGAACGGAAUGACCAGUUUGAGGUCUUGCCUCCAGGGGCGAUAGAACCUCAGCUUCACAGCUCAAUGGUGGUUGAGCAGCGUGACGUGAACACACUUGGUGCGACAGUCACAUUGGACUGCGACGGACGCUCGACAAACGGAGAAACGGAGUUGAGUGCUGUAAGCAAGAAUAAGUCGAUUGAUGACUUCGUCCUUGUCGACUACGAGGACGAACUACUAAAUCCUUUGGACAAGCUGAAGCGCUCAUCUCUCUUCUGCAAAGUCCCGGUAAAGUUCAGGAAGGUUGGUGAUGCUUGCAAGUGUUCAGUCGGUGGAAGUGUGGCGGGCACCGGGAAAACUGUCAACAAAGGAAAGGGUGGGAAAAGAGGAGGUCGCGACAAAGCUGCUGAGAAGGCGGCAGCUAGUGAAGCACUCGGGAUGCUGCAACGGCGCUGUCACACGGUCCGGUUCAGAGCAAAGACUGUACCGGAUGAAGAAGUGACUCGACACCAAUUGAUGGUGCAGGGCGCGGCAGCCGCUGCGUCAAAUGUAGCCGACGGCGUGGGCGGCAAGCUGUUGGCUAUGAUGGGCUGGACGGGGGGCGGUCUCGGCAAACACCAGCAGGGCAUUACCGAGCCCAUCCUACCAGCUGCGACGCUGGGUCGCCAAGGUCUUGGGUCAGCGAACGGGGUUUUCAAGGUGAAAACUAGACAAUACCUGCAGGCGUACGCGUCCCAGUUUCAGGAGCAUGGUCUGAAGUUUGGCGCAGAGUUUACCGCUGGCGAGUGUUCCGCAAUCCAGGCACAGGCGCAGCGCCUGUGUUUGAAGGUGAAGAGCUUUUCCAGAGACGGAAAACAAUAUGUACUGGUGUCGCAUAAGGUGGAGGCGCACCAGCUACUGCAAUACCUGAUGAGGAACGGCGGACAAACGGAUAAGUACGAGCUGCUGCCGCCCCACUGUAGUGUUUAGCGUCGCUACGCUAGCGAUUCGAGGUGACAAGGGGUCCACUUUGACUACAAGAGCCCAACUAGAGCCUGACGGCAUAUUGUCAGUCAGCGGUAUUGUCCUUGCAGCUGUAGAAGGUCUAGGCGAAAUCGUCAGGUUGUUCGUUAUAACAUAGGCAUCAAUCCUGUAAUGUUGUCUUUUUCUGGCACAACAUAUUGGCAUGCAGUUGACCCAUGUCAAGUGUGCCAGAACGAUCGAAGAUCUCGGCUGCUUCAGUUUUGUUCCAGUUGCCGUGCUGCUGAUGGUCAGUCGUUAUCUAUUUGAAAGUAUCAGAGUGUGAAUACACUUAUCUUUUGUAUAAA